AGAUGGAAACCCCAUCAAACUUUUGAUCUCUUAGAUCAUUCUAGUCACAUAUCUCUUAUAAUCUUACAUAUCUAUCUUCUGUUUAUUAGUUUGAACCUCCUCCAUCAUCUCUUCUCUUCCUCAUCCUCUCUCUCUCUCUCUCUCUCUCUCUCUCUCUCUCUGACCCUUUCUCUCCAUCUCCAUGACUCCAUUCUACAAUUGCCAAAUCCCCCAAUUCCCUCUUGAAAAUGAAAAUCAACGUCAAAGCCACAUCCCCUUUCUCUCUCUAGCAACUAGUACCUCUUCUACUUCUCCAUAUCCUUUUUUCUUACAUAACCAACAAGAUCACAUAGCACUUGAUCAUGGAGUUCUCCCUCAUCACCAGGCUCAUCUACAAGAAGAGUAUAUUAAAGAAGUGGAUCAACAACAAGGACCAGUUAAAUGGAUGUCUUCCAAGAUGAGGAUCAUGAGAAAGAUGCUAAAUUCAAAUCAAACUCCGAAAAUCAAAACCAGAAGAAACAAUCAUCAACACCAAGAUCAAAAGCAAGCAGCCCAAGACAAUAUUAUUCGAGUUUGCUCUGACUGCAGCACCACUAAGACCCCACUAUGGAGGAGUGGACCUCAUGGCCCCAAGUCUCUGUGUAAUGCCUGCGGAAUAAGGCAAAGAAAAGCAAGAAGAGCAAUGGCUGCUUCUGCUAUGAGCAGUGGUGCAGUACUAAAAGAUGGAAAAGAUAAGGCAUCAGAUUUUGUCGACCGAACAGUGCCUUUUAAGAAGAGGUGUAGGUUUGCUACGGAGGGUUGUGUGACUACACAGAGAAAGCUUUGCUUUGAAGAUAUUGUAGUAAGUUUAAAUAAGAGUUCAGCUAAUUUCCACAGAGUGUUUCCUCAGGAUGAGAAGGAUGCUGCUAUCUUGCUGAUGGCUUUAUCAUGUGGUCUUCUUUGAAGUUCUUUGUGAUUAAUUCAUCUUCAAUUUGAACAAUUAAGCUAGCUAGUAUAUGCUUGCUUGAUAUCAAAUGUUUGUGGAAUGAUAUGAGAGUAAGUAGAAUAAAAUUAAGGUGAGAAGUGAUCUAUGAAUGAAAUAAUAUUGUUGAUUUCAAAUUGAAGGUUGAUUUUUUUUUCUUUUUGUGUGUUGUUAUGUUAUUUUGUUAUUGGGAGUUGAAAUUAAAUAUGGUAGUAGAUAAAGUUUUCA